CGGAAGGACACAGCGGAGAAAACCCGCAGAGGCUUUUGUCAGGGUAUGUUCUCGCUUUAAGGGUACACAGCAGAUUAUUAGUGAACCUGUGAGUCUACGAUUUGUGCCAGCGUUUGUGUGCAGAGCAAACACGAUGUUGAAACUUGUAGUGAGCCUGGUUGUGGCCGUGUUUCUUACUAAGGUGGACUGCAGCUCCUUCCGGAUGAAGAGAGUCACUAACGCACAGAUCUUGGGUUUUGACUGGAAGAACUGUGGCCAGCCAGAUGAUCCAGCUGUGCUGAAGUCUCUAGUUCUGUCUCCAGACCCAAUCACCAUCCCAGGAGACCUGUCAGCCUGUACCUCUGGAUCCACAUCUGUCGAGCUGUUUGCUCCUCUGGCUGUCAAUGUGACUCUAGAGAAGGAGGUGGCCUCUGUCUGGAUUAAGAUCCCCUGUUUGGACGAAGUGGGCAGCUGCCACUAUAAGGACGUCUGUGACAUGCUGAACCAGCUAAUCCCGCCGGGCCAGGACUGCCCUGAGCCUCUGCAUACCUACGGACUGCCCUGCCACUGCCCCUUCAAAGCUGGCUCGUAUUCUCUGCCUCAGACGGACUUCUACCUGCCCUACAUUGAUCUGCCUUACUGGCUGACUAACGGGAACUACCGGGUUCAGGGAGUCCUGAGCUACCAGAGCAAAGAGCUGGGCUGCCUUACAGUCACUUUCUCCAUCCGAUCCCAGUAACACCAGCACUGACAGGUUUCUGUUUAUUGGCACAUAAAAGCAAUAGCAAACUGGGAAAUGAAAGCAGAAUUUGCACAAAGAUUUGAGAACAAUAAACGUCACAGGUAAACCUCAGAUAAACACAACAUGGCAAAUGGAAGCAUUUUAAACAAACUGCGAUACUGCAGCACAGCAGCUGUUGUUUAGGUCCCACAUUUUACUAACUGGAGAAUAAAAGCUCCUGUGGGAAAAAUAAUAAAAACAGACCCUUUUAAUCUUAAUCUAAAUAAACAGGACCAAUACACUAUUUUUGGCUCUAACUCUGUUUCUGUGCUGACACAAAAGGUUUUGGCGUUGUGAUUGAAAAUCGGGCCAGUUUAAGAUUAGUCUCAGCCAUGAAACAGCACGUAUGUCAUUUUUAUUCACAGUAACUGCUUCACUGUGCACGUUGCAGCAAGUAGUAGUGCCCUUUAAUAAGUGAACAGGAAAUAAUGAAGAGCUGGCGUUUUAACUGAGAUUCAGUAAGGAUGUCAGGUACUUUCUUUUAAAUAAGCUGGUUUUAACACUCCUGAAUCUCUUUUUGUAAUGAAAUGCUCUAAAAUGUUUUGAUAAUAAUACCAUUCCAGUCAAGAAUCUUUGUCAUUAUACAUAGCACCAUACAUUUUUUUCCGGCAGCUCUCGGCUUAAAAGACAGACGUAUUAUUCAUCUGUUUGUGAAGCUGAAGUAAUUUUUUAAGAGUGUUUUUCUCAACUAAAAGUUUUUCACUGUUGAGUGGAAGUUUAAUACAGUGUGACUAAUAGUAACCACAUUCUGGGAUAUUAUUUGAAUUAUUUCUUUAUUUUACUGAUUAAAAAAAACCUUCAUGUGCCUAAUUCGAUCUGUAGGAUGUGGAACUUUAGCUACAAGUUUCAAUAAAUGAACAAGAGAUGAAAAUAAAUCAUGAAGCAAGUCUGAGUGACUACAUUUAGUGAAUUCUAACCAUUGAGUUGUAUUUACAGAACAAACAAAGUUGUACCUUUUUAAAGUGGAUUUUAAGGAUAAAUUCAACAGCAAUGUGUCUGAAUCAGAGUUACAGAUAAUGUGGCAAUAAACUGAGUGUAAGCUGAAAUCUAGUGAUGGAGAAACCGAAGAUUUCUGAAACACUUAAUCAAUAUGAAGCAAUUGUGUUGAAAUGGUUUAGUGCAUUUGAUACAAUCAUAUAUGGCGCCAUCUGCUGGCCAACCCUCAACACAGCAGUUGCAUGGAACAUAAAGGGCAAGGUGCCAUGAAACUGUAAGGAUGCUAUGUUUGUUUUACAGUAAAGUUUCUAUGUGCAUCUUGAAAUUUUGAUUAUUUCUUUUAAAGACAUUAAUAAUCUCCUUCAGACUUUUUAUGAUACUGUAGUGGCAUCUGCUGUUUUUUUACGUUGUUGUGGGUUGGGAGGGAGGUAGCACGGACAGGGACAGAAAGAGACUAAACAAGCUGGUUAAGAAAGCUGGUUCUGUCCUG